UUGGACCAUGAGCUUCUGAAGCUGAUGCUGGUCCUCUGCCUGAAUGAAGGUUGUGCUUCACCUCAGACUGCAACUUCCUUUCUCUGUCCACCAUUUGUGAGAUAUGAGAACGAUGGAAUUGCAGCCAGAAAUCUCAAAACAAAAUCUGAUCGAGACACUGGCACAGGAAUGUUAUCAGCCUUAUCUCAUUGGAUAUUUUAUUUCUCUUCUGUCCUGCCUGCUUUGAAAGGUUUCAAACUUCAGUGAGCUUGAAGUACACAGACCUCUGUGAGCAUGUACCAGUGAACUGACUGUGGGAAGAGCUUUAAGUAGGUGCAAAGUCUGAAAUAACAACACCCCGUUCGCAGCAGCAAGUCUGCUGGUAGGUACAAAGUCUGAAAUAGCAACACCUUCCAUUUGUGAGUAGUCCUUCAACUGAUUGUUGACACUAGAAGGCGGUGGGGAUUCCCACGUGAUGGAGAAACCGUGGAAAUGUGGGGACUGCGGGAAGGAAUUCAAAUUCCCAAGCUUGCUUGAAAGCCAUCGCCGCCGUCACACUGGGGAGAGGCCAUUCACCUGCUCCGUGUGUAGGAAGGGGUUCACCCAUUCAUCUGCCCUGGUGACCCACCAGCGGGUCCAUACGGGAGAGAGGCCUUUCACAUGCAACGUGUGCGGGAAGGCGUUCGUUCAGUUAUCCUCCCUUCAUAGUCACCAGCGGGUCCACACUAGGGAGAAGCCUUUCAGCUGCUCUGUAUGUGGGAAGGCGUUCAACCAGUCUUCCAACCUCCAGAGUCACCAGCGGGUCCACACCGGGGAGAGGCCGUACACCUGCUCUGUCUGCGGGAAGGCGUUCAUUCAGUUAUCCACCCUGGUGACCCACCGGCGGAUUCACACUGGGGAGAGGCCGUUCACCUGCUCCGUGUGCGGGAAGGCAUUCACCCAGUCCUCUGCCUUGCUGACCCACCAGCGAGUCCACACCGGGGAGAGGCCUUUCUCCUGCUCAGUGUGCGGGCAGGUAUUCACACGGUCCUCUGCCUUGGUGAACCACCAGCGGGUCCACACCGGGGAGCGGCCGUUCACCUGCUCUGUGUGCGGUAAGCACUUCAGCGAUUCAUCCACCCUGCGGCGACACCGGUGGGUCCACACCAGGGAGAGACCAUUCACCUGCUCCAUGUGCGGGGAGGGCUUCAUUGAUUCGUCUUCUCUGCGGAGACACCAACGGGUCCACACCGGGGAGAGACCAUUCACGUGUUCCAUAUGCGGGAAGGCUUUCAUUCAGUCCUCUAACCUGCAGAGUCACCAGCGGGUCCACACCGGGGAGAGGCCAUUCACCUGCUCAGUGUGUGGGAAGGGGUUCAUUGAUUGGUCUUCCCUGCGGAGACACCAGCCUGUCCACACUGGGGAGAAACCGUUUACCUGCCCCGAGUGCGGGAAGGGAUUCAGUCAGUCAUGCCAUCUGCUCAGACACCAAUCCAGUCACACUGAGUAGUGAACAUUUGGAUGCUUUGUGGUGUUACUUGUAUUAAUAUUCAAGAGGACAUAUAUUCCCUGGUGAAUUGAGCAUCUAUUAAGACACACUUACUGAUUUGGAGCAUGUACUGAAGUCAGGAGGUGUGUAUUUGUCAUGUUUGACUCCAAAGAAAUUUGCCCUGUGUAAAGAUGGACACCGGUUUCUCUGACCCCACCAAGCUGCCAGGACAACAACAUGGUGUGCGAGAUUGUAUUAUUGGUCUCUUUACUAACCCACUCUCAAACGCUUUCUAUUUAGUCAUUCAUAAAUCUUUUCUAACCUGUUCACAGGAACCCAUAUCUAAUAAUACUGCAUUCCCAUUUCAGUCACUCAUAACUCUUUCCUAUAACAUUGCUUCAUUCAUUCAUACAUUCAAAAAAAUCGCAGUUUUGUAAUAUAUUUUGCUAUUACAAAAUAGAAUAAGUUGAAACAUCUCUUUCGAUUCAUUCCUUCUUUUUCACACCUUCGAGCCUUACCAGCUCUUGCUACAAGCAGUGUUUAGGCCUAUUUCUGCAUCAAAAGCUUCCUCUGAAUAUCUGUCAACAUAGUAAUGUUUUCAGAACAAUACCUCCCUGCCAUCUUAUCUCCAUGAAAGAAUACAAUAUUAAUCAGCCCUUGCCAACUGUCUAUCGGGACCUGAAUAAAUACAACAAUACAUAAAUACAUCAAACAGUUUCCCUGACUCACAGCCACUGUCCCCUUUAAGAAACUGACUAUCGAGACUGUGCUUCUGUGAAAUUGCAGGAAUGAAUGAAACUCGCGCUGGUAAAUACUAAGCAAAUACUAAGCAAACCCAGCUGCGGUAAGCAGUUUAAUAUCCUUUAUUGUUUUAUUCAGUGCAGGUACAAUGUCUAACUUUAUUUAGAGCAUACAGGCUGAGUAAUUUUACUAACAUGUGCUGACUUAAAAGACAAAAGGACUAACACUUCUUAACUCAGCAAGCAGACCACACAGACAAUCUCAAUCCUAUCGGGAGUAGCAGCCAGCGUUUGUGUACAAUAGAUAAAACAAUGGGACACCAUAGUGACGGAGUGUUAAUCUCUGUAAGAACUGUGUGUAAAGUGGCUGCUGUAAGGACGAUAUUUGUGGUUGCUGAAUAAAGAGGCUAUUUUCACCA